GCGGCCUCGAUCCUACCCUAUACAAGUGUUAGCCUAACCUUAUUGCACGCCCCUUCCGUCACCCUGCCUUGCUAGCUUUCUUCCCUCCACGAUCCUGCGCCGGCCUUGUCUCUCUUCCCUCUCUCCGUCUCCAUCAUAUACAUACCUACACCAGCGGAGGCACUGGAAACGUCUCACACCGUACGAGAACAUCGAUCUGAAGACGUCUCAAGGCCUCGUCAACUCCCCGUCCUCUUUCUUCUUCCUCUCCAGGAGACGCCAAGAACAGGAACCACCCCGCAACACCAGGACGAGGGCGGAGGUCCUCAGGGCACAUAAGACGAGAUGGCGACCAAGGUGGGCGGAAAAGACGGCAAGGCGCCGCCGACGGCAGCUACUAACUUGAUCGCCGGCGGCGGUGCGGGCAUGAUGGAGGCUCUCGCAUGCCAUCCUCUCGACACGAUCAAGGUACGGAUGCAGCUGUCGCGCCGGGCGCGCCAGCCGGGCGCGCCAAAGCGCGGAUUCAUCCGGACCGGCGCCGAGAUCGUGAAGCGCGAGACGCCGCUGGGCCUGUACAAGGGGCUCGGAGCGGUGCUGACGGGGAUCGUGCCCAAGAUGGCGAUCCGGUUCACGUCGUUCGAGGCGUACAAGCAGGUGCUGGCGGACAAGCAGACGGGCGCGGUGUCGGGGUCGUCGACGUUUGUGGCGGGCCUCGCGGCGGGCGUGACCGAGGCCGUCGCCGUCGUGACGCCGAUGGAGGUGGUCAAGAUCCGGCUGCAGGCGCAGCACCACAGCAUGGCCGACCCGCUCGACAUACCCAAGUACCGCAACGCGGCGCACGCCCUCUACACCGUCGUCCGCGAGGAGGGGUUCGGCGCCCUCUACCGCGGCGUCAGUCUCACCGCCCUGCGCCAGGGCAGCAACCAGGCCGUCAACUUCACCGCCUACACCUACUUCAGGGAGGCCCUGCUGCGCUGGCAGACCAACAAGCUCGAGGCCACCGGGAACGGGAACGGGAAGGCGGCCGUGACCCUGCCCAGCUGGCAGACUACCCUCAUCGGCCUCGUGAGCGGCGCCAUGGGGCCCCUGAGCAAUGCGCCGAUCGACACGAUCAAGACCCGACUGCAGAAGACGCCGGCGGAGGAGGGCGUCUCGGCGUUUAAGAGGAUUAGUAUUAUUGCGGGGGACAUGUUCAGGCAAGAGGGCUUCCACGCGUUCUACAAGGGCAUCACGCCGCGCAUAAUGCGCGUGGCGCCGGGACAGGCGGUGACGUUCACCGUGUACGAGUUCCUGAAGGACAAGCUGGAGAAGAGCGGGCCGAGCGUGCUCUCGGGCAGCCGCUACGAAGAAUAGGGAUCGUGAUCCUCGGGGGAGGGCGCCGUCUCGACGACAGCGGCCACGGGGGAAACCCGCUCUUUGCUGCUAGGCAUUCCUGAUGUUAUCGCCGGUGAGGGUAACUGAGGUCUCUCCGGCAUCGGCCAAAAACACACGCACACAUACACGUACACAUAUAUGGAUGCAAAUCUAUUGCUAGCAUUGUAUUGUUCCCGCGC